AUAAGCCCCCACCCGAAAUUUGAUUUUUGCAAAUAAGCCCCAGGGGCUUAUUCAAGAAUUUAUGAUAUUUCAACGCUAACUGUGGUUUGUGCCGAGGCAUUUUGUCUCCGAUUGUCUCGAAUUCCAAUCACUACACGCGUCUUCAGGUUACCAAAAGUUACUUGCCAGAAAUGAUUUUUCAAUACUUAUUUCUGAGAUCUUACUUAAAAUUUUACAUCACAUGCCGCACUAAAAGUUUGCUACAAUGGUUGAAGGAGGGGAUGGGGGCAGUUGGGUUGUCCUUUGCUUCUAUGCACAAUCCCAAUAAUUCUAAUCUUUCUUUGUUACUGCUUAUUAAUAUUUUCUAUAUUUUUAUCUUCUAAAAUUUUUAAAAAAUAUUAAUAUAAACAAAGUGGUUGUUAUUAUGACAAGCGAGUGUAAACAUUUUUCAUCGUUUUGCAUUUACCGAGAAGAUUGCGUUUAGCGUGCUUAUAGCCAAAGGACAGGUGAUCUUGCCCACCAAUUAUUUUAAGCUCUCUUUUCUUUAUAUUUAAACAGUUUCAACAGUUAGUUAAUUAAUUCCUUGUAAGGUGGAUUUGCGUAUUGUUUUUCUGGUCAAAGAGUAUAAAAGGUGAAAUACAAAUGAAAAGACUAGUUGAAUUUUGAUUUCCAAUCUUGGUGCGGGAAAAUAAGAAGAGAAAAGAUGGAGUUUUCUAACAAUUCUCUAUUAAUGGAGAAGAAUGUGACUGGGACUUUGAUCACAAGUUCCAACAUCAAUGCAACUGUUUCGUGUCAGGUGACACAAUAUGACGAGAAUGAGAAAAUCAUAAUGCGAGUUUACUUGGUUAUUGUGUUUGUAUUUGCAGCCCUUGGGAAUGCCGUCACUUGCUGCAUUUUAGGAAAAAAGAAGUUUCAACGUGGUGGCGAUGUCUUUGUGCUGUCUCUGGCUCUGUCCGACCUGAUUUACACAAUAAGCUUCCCGUUUAUUUUCUUUCUACGAAUGUCUGGUAUACAAAUCCAGCACACAGUUUACACGGCAUCAAAGAUCUUCAUUUAUGGCAGCAUGGUAGUCACAACAUACACACAUGCUGUUAUUUCCUGUGAUCGAUUCUGGGCCAUUGCGAAGCCUUUUCAAGCAAGAAGAAUUACAAAGGGAAAGAAACUUCUUGCCUGUUCCUUGGUUUGGCUGUUUGGGUUUCUCUUUUCACCACUGUUUUUACUUCAGACAGCAGCCCUGACAACCCGUUCCCAAAUCGUUCAGCUGGUGAGGUGCUGCAUAGGGUGGGUCAUGCCAUUGGUUAUCAUGUGUGUCUUCUACAUCAGAUGUGCCAUUGCGCUCUCAGCACGAAACGUACCAUCAAACUCGGGAGCCAACAAAAGAUUCAAGGAUGCAAGGAAGAUCACAAAGAUGUUUUUUGUUAUCGUCCUGCUGUAUUGUAUUCUUACGAUGCCCAUCGUUAUGAGUCUGUUGGUCAGAGCAGUUGAUUUCUUGGUGUCCGAUUUUGAAGGAAUACGCUGUGGAGAUUAUUCUCUUUUGAUGCGUGUGCUAACAAAUCUAAGUGUCUUCAACGGAUGUGUGAAUCCAAUAAUCUACGCAAGAAAUCAUCCAGACAUAAGGAGGUUUUUCAAAGGCGUUUUUGAAGCUUGCUUCUGUCAACGCCAAACUAAUAGCUUGUCAUUUCAUAAAGGUACAGAGAUCAGAAGUUCUUCUUCAAAAGAGUCAAAAAUACAAGACGAUUAAUCAAUACCUGUGAUAUGUAAUUACACUCGGUUUCUUUUGCUUUCAUUGUAAAAUUUACUGGCUGUGAUUAUAAGCUUGGAAAAAACCAAUUUUUAGCUGACUAUUCUUUGAACUAUAAGUUGACGCCAAAAAUAAACAAGGUUUCCUUAGCUGUCUUUAAUCUUAUCGUAUUUUCAAUUCUCCAGUUUUUUCUGCAUUUGUAAGUAGCUGUUGCAACAAUUCCAAAAUUACAUACCACAGAAACCAGACCUUUUAUUGCUCAUUUCUCUUCUCUGUAUUGGUUUUCGUCCUCAUUUAAUAUCAGAAAACCAUUAAAUGGUUUGUACAUACCUCAAAGUUUGUAAUUGAAAACGGAAAUUACGUUGCAAAAAUUAAACAAAGUUUUUUUAUUAACUUCGUCAAUAUUUUUGUGAAAAGUUAAUCCAAUUCAUCUUCCUUUAAGAACUGUGAUUGAACUAGACACCUUAAACGUCAGUAUCAGCGAUAUGUGAUUUCCUGUGUUAAUACACUAGUGCUGCUGCCUGAAUUCAGCACUCAUAUCUCACCUCUAUAUCACCAUAAAAGGAGUUUAUUGGAUAUACAAGUAGCUAAAACUUUGUAAUUGAUGUAUUGGUAGCAAUAAUUAAGCCUGUAUGAUUGAUGUAUGGGUAGCAAAAUGGGGAAGCAUAAUGAAAUUUUAUUUAAUGUUUGGGAUCGGCAUUUUAGAAAUCAUUUAAAAACGAUAAUAAUACUUGAAGUUAUAUUUGAGCAACUGUAUAAUCUUAUAUGAUAACUGUCAUUAUAAUAUGAUACUAUAUGAUACAAUAUUGUAGACAAAUGUAUUACGGUGUAAUGAGCAUGUAUUUGCAAUGAAAAAAUGUUAGCUAUUUGGCUUUGCUUAGUUGCUGCGUAUAACUGCAAAAAAGUUUCCUUGCAGACAGUUGCGCCAAGUCUCGGAGCAAAUGGGACUGCCUUUUAUAAUUUACUGCUUGACACAUCCUAAUUCAGAUGAUUGAUUGAUAAUGCUAAUUUAUUUGACUACAAAUAGAAGAUAAAAUAAGUAGUUCUGAAAAUAUUGUUGCUGGUUGUCAAAAAGCCACAGUUAGACAAUAAAAAAUGAAUUGAUGAAUUUGACAAUAAAUUGGAGGAUUUUUUAUUCCUUUAGCCUUGUUUGACAUAACAUUUUAUGAUGAUAUUUAAUUUGGAUUUUUAUAUACAGUAAAUUGAAGAACGGAGCUUCGACAUAAUUAAUUAUUUUAAAUCAGAUUAUAGAUAAGUAUGAAAACAAGCUUCUUAAAGCCUGAAACUUAAAUGCAUAAGUGAUAUUACGAAAAUUAUUGGUGCAGGAUGAAUUACAAAGUAUGCUGUUAUUAUUUUAUGAAUAAAAAUCUGUGUUCUUUGUCAGGGUAGGAAAAUAAUUUAAUAUCUGUUAGUUAGAGAAUGAAGCUAGAAAUUCUGAAUCCGAGUACACGAGAGAAAAGUAAAACCAUAGGCUUUGUCUAACUGGAGUCGAGCACUGGGACAUUUUGGAUGACUUGGUAUUUUUCUUGAACUUGAUAAAAUUUUUUUGCAAUUUUGGAAAUAUUUUCUCCUAAAAACGCUUGCAUGAAUUCGGUAUCGCUCCAUUAGCAGCAAAUACUUUAAACUUGAACAACAGUUUUGAACUUACUUGAAUUUCAAUCUAUGAUAAAGAUUUCCAACGAGAACUAAAAUUGUUGUUUUUUACAUGUUUAUAUGUCAAUUGUUUCAUGUUUUUGUGCAUCUCUGCAAUCUUAGCUGCUCUGACCAUUUACAUCAAUUUUGCAUUUACAUUCUUGCUGCCUUUAUCUGUUAAUAAAACAAGUUUUCGUGGCACUUACCUUCGUGGUAUGGAUAAAUUAAACAGUAAAACAUAGUUAGGAUUGUCUCUGUUUAAAUUUGAAGAGUUAUUUCUAGCUUUUUGUUUGGUGAUAAAAAAGAUUUAUCUCGAUAUUUUGAGAGACCGUAACAAUCUGCAAAUGCUACAUUUGAUUUUGCUAUUUAAACAAGGCAGUGAGCUUUCUCUCAAAAAAACAGUAAAUGCUACUAAAAAAAUGAUAAUUAUAUCUUCCUCUAAAAAAUUAAAAUUGUCGAAGAUGACAUUUG